AUGGCUUUGAACUCUGCAAUACUAAUAGAUAAGGAACAUGUAGCCAUUACAGCGAAUAGUUUCGAAACUGAAAAAUCUCGUUAUGAGAUUUGGGAGCGAUCUAACAGGCUGAGUUUGAACCUCAUGAGAAUGACAAUGGCAGAAAGUGUUAAGCCAUCUAUGCCUAAGACAGAGAAAACAAGGGAAUUCAUAGAGAAAAUUAAAGAACGUUCACAAUCUGAUUUGGCUGACAAGUCGAUUGUAGGAAGUCUCAUGAAUGAACUUACUAUGAAAAAGUCUCAGCCAAUUCAUGAUCAUGUGACCCACAUGUCUAACUUGGCAGCAAUGUUGUCAACCUUGGGAAUGGAAGUUCAUGAGAAUUUCUUGGUCCAAUUCAUUAUGAAUUCUCUACCUUUUGAGUUUAGCCAGUUCUAG